AUGAACACGGAAGUCAAUUUGCAGAGCGUCGAAGACCUCGACUUGCUGGAUUUCGAGCGAGCCAUCUGCAACGUCCUCAAGGCCACACUCCAGUACCCGGCCAGCACAGAGCUGUCGCUGCUAAGCUGGCUGAUGAUAUCAAGUUCAUCUGCCAAACAGAAAACCGAGAUGAAGGCAUUCCCAGCAUCCUACUAUUUGAACAAGAAGGUCGCCGAGUAUAUAUGCAAAUCAGAUGGAGGUAUACGCAUAGUUGUGGGCAUUGAUCUUUCAGGAACAUACGGCGAGUGGAACAGAAUCAAGAAACAAUGGAAACAGGGCGGAAACAACCGUGGCUCUGCGAAGAUCAUUGUUUGGCGCGCCAAGCGAGAUAGACAUGAGUGGCGGGCCGAGGAGAGAUCCACCGUUGAAGUCUGCAAAGAGGAUGGUACAUCGGGUCUGACACAAGUGGAAUGUGUCAAUCUAAGAGACUUCGUCUCUCAAGAAGCCGAGAACACGAUGAACGCUACGAAACUUCGUAAAUUGGAGAGAGCGGUAAUGAGGAUAGAUGCAAAUGAGGCUCGGAAAACCAUCGAUGAUCUGUUGGAAGAACAGGAAAAUGAUGAUAAACAGGAGGCUUUUGC